ACGAGCAUAAGAUAUGGAGAGAGGGAAAGCACAACUGUGUUGAAACAAAGCACAGAGUGAGCAAGACAUACCACAGUCUAGGCAGAUUGUGCACUUAGAGGUGAGUGUGCAUUUGUUUUUGUCACCCUGCUGGAAUGGACUGAUGAAUUAGGACUGGUGAGAUGUGUGCAAGUGGGUGCGUUUGAGGGUGUCAGACUGCGAUUGUCCCAUCAAGUGCUUCACUUCAUUGAAGUUGCUCCGAGGCAGCCGUGGGGGACCAAUUUUUCCUAGCAAGGAAAAAAAAAAAGGCAAAAGAAGGCCAAAGGCUACGAAAAUUGGACUGCUUCCAACUUCCAAUUCCCUCUGGACAUUUUUUUCCACCUCAGCUUCAAUAAGGAAGCACAUGUGAAGACUGAUGGGGCAAGGGCACAGUGUUGCUUACCAGAGAAUCAGCUUAGCUGCAUCCCUGACUGCAACACCACAGAGACUCCAGAGCAGACAGAGGUAAAGAACCAGAGAAAGAGCGAGGGAAUCCGAGUAAUCUACAUCCACUCCCCUCUCCCCACCUUUCUUCAUCUGCCUGGACCUUCCUCAGUUGCCCUCUGGUACCCCCCACAGGGUAGGAAGCGUGAAAAAUCUCACUAAUGGGUUUAUUUGCCGUCAGCUCAGCAACGACCUGUCAUUCCUCAGGACCACUCCACUUGACACGUUUCAUAGUCGAGUAAGCUUCACUUUGUUUCUGCCAAAGGAGCUUGAGCCCUAGAAGAUCAAGACCAAGCUGAGGUAUCAGUCAGCUUAUUUCACACUGGGAGGAGAAGUCCCUUAAUCACUUUGCCUGUCUCAUACAGUAUUUUCUUCCAGUGAGGUCAAACGUAUGAUUAGAAACCAGGGGACAUCUCGCUGUUGCUUUGAAUUUCUCUAAGACGAGUGACCAAGAACUUCCCGCAAAGAGAACAGACAAAGAGAGUGAGUCUGCUUUCUGACCCAACAACAGUCUUCUGGCUGGUGGACUGAAGAUGCGUUGCUGGCUGCUUGCUGUGGUGACGGCAGUGCUCUGGAGCCAGUGCAUCCUUCUAGGGUGGGCUGAGGGUAGGAAGGUGCGGAAGAGGCCGAAGGAGCUCACUCCACAACACACUGAAGCAUUCAACACCACCCUUUCCAACAGCGAGGAACUGGAUGGCAGCACAACGCAGGUCAGUGAGAACCAGAGAGUGGACCCUCUUGGAUCAUGGAUGGAUUUUGUGAAGAGACCUGUGGGCAACUUUCCCGGAAAAUGCAGAAAGCGAAAACGACCGCUGCCUGGUCCCCCAGGCCCUCCUGGGCCUCCAGGCCCUCAGGGACCCCCAGGAUCCCCCGGGGCAGAGGUCACUCAAGAGGUCCUGCUGCAAGAGUUCAAAAAAAUGAUCAAAGAGGCCACAGAGAGGCGAGCAGCAGUGGACAAACCCAACGAGCCUAGUCAGUUGCCCACAGCUCUCAUUACCCUUGAGGGCAUGACCUCCUACAGGAGAAUUGAGGAAGCCUUCCACUGCAAACUCAGAAGUCCUGUAGUUGUGGACAAGAAGACUCUGGCAGAGCUCCAGGACUUUCAGACACCUCCUGCCAAAGGUGCCUUUCUAAGAGGGACAGGGAUGGAUCAGUCCACUGGCCGAUUUACAGCUCCCGUAACUGGAAUUUAUGAGUUUUCUGCCAAUGUUCAUAUUGACCACACUGAGGUGAAGAAAAGUAAGAACCAGCUGAGAGCCAGAGACAGUGUCAGAGUUUUGAUCUGCAUUGAAUCACUCUGCCACAGAUAUACAUCCUUGGAAAUGAUUGUUGGUCUUGAGAGUAACAGCAAGAUAUUUACAGUGUAUGUCCAUGGACUGCUGGAACUCCAGGCUGGGCAGUAUACUUCCAUAUUUGUGGACAAUGCAGCUGGAGCAUCCAUCACAAUACAGAAUGGUUCAGAUUUCAUGGGCAUGUUGUUAGGGGUAUAGCCUUGUUUUAUAGCCAGGCUAUAUCUGGCAGGCCACAUUAGACUGCAUAGCUCCACGUUGGACAAUCACCCAGCACCAGAUCUGCUCAUAAGAUAUUAUUUGACUGCUCUCAUGAAAGCUGUUGGCUGAUCCAGCUCCAUGGAAGAGACAUGGACAUACUGAAACCCACAAAGCAACUAGAGACAAAGACAGUUGGAUACAAACUAAAAGACUCGCCUGAGGACAGUCCAUAUCUGCCUUUUUUCUGUUCCAUCUACAGUGAGGUUCUUGCAUCUAAAGAAAAAUCAACAAUUUUUCAAAACCAAAAUCAUUGGUCUCUGUGUUCUGAUAGGAUGGUACAGACAGACCCAAUUUUGUGAUAUAUAGGUGUAUACAAAGAGAUUUUUGUACCUUGACAUUGAUGCACCAUUGUGUUAUGUCAUUUUUCUCCUAAUGAUGUUUAUAUACACAAGUUGUUUUCUACAAUAAGAGGUUUCUUAGAGUAUGUACAAUACAAGAGCUAAUCUAUAAGUAUAUACAAUAUAUGGGCUUAAUGGUCUAAUAUCUUUUGGAGGUGAAAAAUGCACACCUGCUAUUGUGCAUACAUGACUGUAUUGUGUAUUUUUAAAUAUCACAAGCUAUACAACAUUUUAGUUACUAUGAAGCUCCAAAAUGCAUGUUUUAGGAUUUUUUAUUUUUUUAUUUUUUUUAUUUUCUCCCCUUUUUCUCCCCAAUUUGGAAUGCCCAAUUCCCAAUGCACUCUAGGUCCUCGUGGUGGCGUAGUGACUCCCCUCAAUCUGGGUGGCGGAGGAUGAAUCUCAGUUGCCUCCACGUCUGAGACGGUCAAUCCGCGCAUCUUAUCACAUGGCUUGUUGAAUGCAUUACCACAGAGACAUAGCGCGUGUGGAGGCUUCACACUGUUCUCUGCGGCAUCCACGCACAACUCACCACGUGCCCCACCGAGAGCGAACCACAUUAUAGGGACCACGAGGAGGUUAUACCAUGUGACUCUACCCUCCCUAGCAACCGGGCCAAUUUGGUUGCUUAGGAGACCUGGCUGGAGUCACUCAGUGUGACUCUAGGGGUGGUAGUCACAUCUUUAGUCACAUUUUUACUAGCUGAGCUACCCAGGCCCCAUGUUUUAGGAUUUUGAUUAUUGAUAAACAACAGAUUUUCCAUUAUGCUUGGCCAAAAGAAGGAAAUAGCCAAAUAUAAAGAAAAGAAAAGCAAAACAGUGACUAUGAGUCUGUUUUUAUGUCCAGUCGCUAACCAUCCCAGACAUUAGCAUUGAUCCAGGAGUGUGUGAGUAUGUACUUGGAAAGCAGUUGCCAUGAUCGAUUAGACAUGUUAGAGUCCUGCUGAGUUCUUGUUUUGUUUACUGCAACGCCAGAUACAUCAUAAAUUAACACUCUUUUUUAACAUCAGCUUGGGAAACUAAGCAUUCUUCAACUUCUCUUUUUUUGGAUGUGUGUUGCUCUGAUGUUUUUAAUCUUUUUGUUCAAAUGUUUAUUGUUUGAUUAGCUUCAGUAAAUACAGAAAUUAAGAUACACAUAUAUGAGUAUAUGCAAAUUGAUGUUGAAAUUAUUUAUGUUUACAGUAAAUGUAUCAGCCAAUGAAUAAUAAAAAAAAAGGCUUUUAGGCUUCCAGUAGAUCUCAAUACAAGUGAAAUUUAUGUAAAUGAAGCAAAACCCAUUUGAGCAUAUUUGCUUUGCAAUAGCUUGUAUUGUGGUGUAAUGGAAAUGAAACGACAUUCAAUAAAUGCCAAAUAUAUCUAUUCACCUGGACAUACUUGCGGCUGACUCAAAGCAACUUUUAUGAGCUUUGAAAUCUUGCAAACAUUCUUAAUUCUCUGCUCAAUAAAGUAGGUGGGCCAUGCUCCUAGUGCUUUUACAAUUUCAUAAGCAGCAGUGUGGAAAAUGCUUCUUUGCAUCAUAUGCUUUGUAAAUAAUCUAGGAUACAUCAAGUACCUUGGCAAACAUGCACACUUCUGACAGACUGAUGGUGGUAUGCCACCUGGAUGCACUAGAAAGUGAUCUCUGAAAUCCAAUCAUUUAAGUGUCAUUUAAUCAUUCAAUCUUUUCUAAAACAAGGGACUCACAGUUGCACAGAUGUUUUUUCUACAAGACCAGUGAUUUUCCAGAGGUCCCUGCUAGCCACUGUGCCUUCAAGCCUCAUCUUGAAUUAAUAGGAGAUGUUGCUGGUUUAGAGAACAAAUCUUUGCAUUAGAGGGAUUUUUACACGAAUACUUUUGUUUUUGAUAUCCUGAUUGCCAUUUAAUGUAUUUCAGUAGGAUGCAUUGUUUUGGGCAGGUUCUGCUUUAAUACUAUUCUAAUCACAUCUCUCAUGACCAAAAUGUCACUUUAAUUUUAAGCCAUACCACAGUUUGUGUAGUAUAAAACUUUGUGGUUCAAUUGUCAAUCUGCUGUAAAACCACUUGCUGUUACUGUUUAAUGACACAAUUUGUUUCUACACAGAGAAGCUUCUAAGAGUAUAUACAAUGAGCUACACUCUAAAAAGUGCUAACCUGCUAUUAUUACUUUAGGAUCUAUUUCUUCCCUUAAAAUAUCCUUUGUUGGCGUAACCUAAUAUUCAGGUUGAUUCAGUUAUAUUAAAUAAGAUUUUUGACUUUAGUUAAUUAGUUAAUUUAGAUCUUACCAUAUGAAGCACAUUUUCAGGUUUCCUGACAACAUAUAUAUAUAUAUAUAUAUAUAUAUAUUUUUUUUACAGUGUAUAGUUUUUUACAGUGUACAGGUUUAUCCAUAGGCGUAAUGGUCAAAUAUCUUUUGGAGGUGUAACCCAAAAUUCACACAUCCUAAAAUUCACAUCUUCUAAAAUGCACAUCUCAAGCUAGACAAAGUUUUAUUUAUGUGGCUCCAAAAAGCAUGUUUUAGUAGCCUGAUUAUUGAUAAUAAACAGAUUUUCCAUUAUGCAUGGCCAAAAAAACCCCCCUGCCAAACACAAAAAGAAAAGAAAAUCAGUGACAACGACUCAGUCUGUUUUUAUGUCCAGUGGCUAAGUUUGUAAGUGUCUGUAACAGUUUUACAACAGCUUGACUUAAUUAAGGGCUUAUUAUGUGAAAAAUUUACACAUGAAAGACUCCAAACACUUGUGACAGUUUUGUACCACUUUUUCUUUGCACUUAGAGAUAAUGAUUGAAACGUGAGUACUAGUAACACAGUGUCAGCAAGUAAUCUCUUUCAGCUGUUAUCAUUAUCAGCAUGUACCCACACAGUAGCCCUGGCACAUUUGAACUAUCCCCCAUUGUCUUCAAUGCAGUUACUAAACAGAAAAAUACUUUUUUGUAAGCUUAUGCUCAUCUGUGAUUGGAGGGUGGCUUAAAAGGAUGAAUAAAACUCUAAAACUGAUAUGAUUAUGGGUAGUUAAUAUUCUUUUGGAAAGUUGACAUGUCCUGCAGUGUGACUCAUUCUAACUAACGUUUACUAUUUUAAACAGUAUUUUGCUAUUUUCUUUAUAAUCAUUAUGCAGGCAGACCUCAUAUUCAUUGAAAGACUAGAUGGAAUAUUAGCAAUUUUUUAUUUUAGAAUGUUUUUAUUCAUUUUAAACUGCAGGACCACUUAAAAUUGACUAAUGAAGUCAAAGGUGAUUAAAAAUGUGAAAAAUCAUAAAAGAAAUGACGACCAGUCACAGCACCUAAAGCACUUUCCCUUCUAAAUUCAUAUACAUUUUAACCUAACAUCUUGAUGUUGAUGUGAUCUUGAUGAAAAAGUGCUA